ACACACAAUACAGAUGCCUAACAUAUUUAAAGAGCAUGUGAAUGGAGAAUGAAAUGUUUCCCUCAUUAACAUUGACUCUGUUCAGUAUAAGUCAGUGCUAGAGUGAUGAACAGCAUGUUUCCUGUCUGGACUCUCAGCUCUCUGAUCCUCAGCUACACUCUUGGCUUUCCCAUCUUCAAUAACUCCGGCAGAGGAUCUUAUAUGGAGACUUUUCCCAAUCUCACAGAUAGUAUGGAACACAAGACCAGGCUUAUGGAAAAUAAUGCCACAAGUUCUCCAGAAACCCAUGAUAUCUUCUGUUGUCAUUUGGAUGUGGCAACUUGUACCUUGUCAAACCUGGGGUCUUCCCUGCAGAUUGGAGAUGGGAUCGCAGGAGACUUGGCCAGAAAUCCAAUGGGAAUUGGCAAGAAAUGAAAGGACAUAUAAAAGAAAAUAAGCAUGAUCCUGAAUAUAAGAACCUCUCUUAGACUUUAUGGUUUUGUUGUAGUAAUCUCUUAUUAAAACAUGCUGGUGGUACUCCUGUCCUUUAUUCUUAAAUGCCUCGAAUAAGUGAAUUGAAUCAGUUUUUAUUAAACUGAUAUGUCACAAUGCUUAACAUGUAAUGUCUCUUUUAUAAUUUCAUUAAAGGAUUUUUUACCUUAUGUCACACAACAUUGUAUCACAUGCUAAGACUGCAAAAAAAGUACUUGUAUUAUUUCAUUCUGAAUUAUUGGAACAACAUGUGACCAAAGAAUUCAACCUUGCAAGCACAAUUCUGAGUGUAUCUUAUAUGAUAAUAAAACAGAAUUUGUGUGUCUAGAUUUUUAUUUGGUUUGAUUGUUUGUUAUACGGAAAUGCUAAUAUUGACUUGUUUUUUGUUUGUUUC